AUUUUGUGGCGGGGCUGACUCACUCGCAUAUAACACUUUCUCUUUUUUUUUCCCUUUCCCUUCCAUCCCAUGCGGACUAUAAUUUCACACCUCCUACCGCCGUCGCUGUCGCCCCGCCUCGCACAAUCGACCCCACUACUACCACUACGACUACGCAAAUACCCCUCGUUUCCUUUAACAUCUGUAAAACACUAUCCCUCGAGAUCGCCCUCCUAUCCCAUUCGAUUCAGCAGCCAAUUCACCCCCACCACUGAUUUAGAACUCGAGGACGACAUGGGGAAGGACAAGGAAAAGUCGGGCAAAGAAAGCUUCACGCUGAAAGUGCCCAAGGGAACAAGAGACUGGGCCGGCGCCGACUCUGCCCUGCGGGACAAGAUAUUUUCCAAGGUCACCAAAGUCUUCAAGCGCCACGGAGCGGAGACCCUCGACACCCCCGUGUUCGAGCUGCGCGAGAUCCUCAGCGGGAAAUAUGGCGAGGACUCGAAGCUCAUCUACGACCUCCAAGACCAGGGCGGCGAACUCUGCAGUCUGCGGUACGAUCUCACCGUGCCCCUCGCGCGCUAUCUCGCCAUGAACCCCUCCAUACAAACAUUCAAGAGAUAUCAGAUCGCGAAGGUGUACAGGAGAGACCAGCCGGCCAUGACCAAGGGCCGGAUGAGGGAGUUCUACCAGUGCGAUAUCGACAUCGCCGGCGUGUACGACUCCAUGAUCCCCGACGCGCAGGUGCUCAGGAUAGCGACCGAGGUCUUCCAAUCCCUCGGCUGGGAGAACUACACAAUCAAGAUCAACCACCGCAAGAUCCUCGACGGCAUCUUCAAGGUCGCAGGCGUGCCUGAACCCCUGAUCCGCCCGAUCUCCUCGGCCGUCGACAAGCUGGACAAACUCCCCUGGGCGGACGUGAAGAAGGAGAUGAUCGAGAAGACCCUGGACGCCGCAGUCGCGGACAAGAUCUGGGAAUUCGUGCAGCACAAGGGCAAGAGCGACAUCAUCGACCUCCUCCGGAAAGACGAGAACAUGUCCAAGAACGAGGACAUCAUCCAAGGCACCAAGGACAUGGAGACUCUAUUCAGCUACCUCGAAGUCUUCGGCGUCAUGGACAGAAUCUCCUUCGACCUGUCACUCGCCCGUGGCCUCGACUACUACACCGGCGUCAUCUACGAGAUCGUGACGGAGGGCUCCGCCCCCUCAGGCAAAGGAAAGGGAGAAGCCGCCAUUGGAGUCGGCAGCGUCGCCGCCGGUGGACGCUACGACGAGCUCGUGGGCAUGUUCAGCGGCAAGCCCAUCCCUUGCGUCGGAAUCUCCUUCGGCGUCGACCGCAUCAUCAGCAUCGUGAAAGCCCGCGGCCAAACGACCCAACGCGCCAAAGACGUCGACGCCUUCGUCAUGGCCUUCGGCGGCAAAGGCUUCAACGGCAUGCUCCUCGAGCGCAUGCAGAUCGCGCGCCAGCUCUGGGACGCCGGCGUCAAGACCGAGUUCUCGUACAAGGUCAAGCCGAAGCUGCAGCAGCAGUUCAAGACGGCCGAGACGUCGGGCGUCCCGCUCGCCGUCAUCCUCGGCGAGGAUGAGUGGAAGGAGGGCAAGGUCAAGCUCAAGGAGAUGGGGCUGCCCGAGGACCACCCGGAUAAGAAUGGCGUGCUGGUCGAUAUCAAGGAUUUGGUUGCUGAGGUGAGGAAGAGGAUUAAGGUGGAGGCGGAUGAGGACAUCGUGGAGGGUACCGCGGCGUUGAAGGUCUAGGGGCUUUUCUCUGGGGCUUUCCGCCGUGCGUGAGUGAUGUGCUUGCUUGCUUGCUUGCUUCCACUCAACACCCCUCGCCUUCAUGUCACGAUGAUGUAUUUAUUAGAUACCAUUUAACAAUAGACUCCAAAAAGUGGGCUAGGUUUCUUUCA